CCGCCAUUUUUUCCCGCCGUGAUCACUUAUCAGCUGAUUCGUGACGUUUUACAAGGAAGGCGAAACUCGACAGCAAAACAUGGUACAUUUACUUGCCAAAUUACCUCCUGAAGAAUGUCCAAAAGUAAGUAUAAUACAUUCAUUACUGUAAUUUCCUUGAAUGUUUGAUUCAUACAUGUGCCGCAUUUUUUCACCACUGUCCUGGAGCGAGACAGUGCAAUAUCAGGAGAACCCGUGCAUGCGUUUACUUUUUUACAUAGCAACAGGCCAUUGUAAUAAAUGCCAUCUAGCAGACGCUUUUAGACAAAUUUACAUACAGUCAUGCGUACAUACAUUUUACGUAUGGGUAGUCCCGGGAAUUUAACCCACUAUCCUGGUGUUGCAAACUCCAUGCUCUACCAACUGAACUACAUAGUACUACAGAAGGAGGAGAAAGGAUUUCCGUUAUGUUUACUAUCCAAUGGAUUAAAUACUCUUUGCUUGUGCAUUCAGAUGAGAGACCAUACAACAGAGGCUGUUGAGUACCAUUGGGGCUGUUUUUAUAAUGUGAAAACAGCAUAUUAUGCACUCAGUCAAGGGCUAAAAUGUGAUCUGUAUUAAUGUUGUAACAAUGUUGCUUACAAUGUUGUUGCAAGCUCCUCAAUUCAGAUGUAUUGUGUCUUCAUGAUCCAUUGUGUAUUUUAUGCAUCUAACCAUCAGGAAAGCAUAUCAAUACUCAAUCGUAAACCGCCCCUAUAAAUAGUCCAGUAGGUCUGAAAUGAUAUGGUAAUUACUUCAACUUUACUUAUGAUAGGCUGUGUGGCGCUUUCAUUAUAUUGUUUAAACCCAUCUAAUCCUUUCUGAUCUUGGAUUGCCUGGGUGUAAGUGUUGGGGCUCGAUUUGGCAAAGUGGGCCCAUGUCAUUGUCAUAAGCACACACUGAACCAACAAUUGACCAGCAGAGGGAUCAUUAUGCUUGAUCGUAAAUCCUAAGCAUGCAGAUAAGUCAGUCACUCAAAAACACUAUGACCUCCACACAAACAUGGGCAUGGCAUUGUUUACUGACUUGUUUUGGGUGGGUAGAUUAAAUCCCAGCAUAGGCUGCCAUCAUCAUGAUGACGAUACACAUUUUCUCUCCCCCAGCUAUUACACAGGGUGGUGGACGGUGUAUGUGGGCGGGAGUACCCUCGGAUGGCAGACUAUGGUGACAUGUGGACCCUUGUAGAAUGGAUGGAGCUCCGCCACUCCCUCUCCUCUCUGUUCCGGCACGCCGUCGGUAAGAAAACCCCAGACGAAGAGGUGAGAUGUGAGUUUGGAGCAGUCUUUUUGAGUUGUAUCAUGCAUGUUUGACUUAGAGUCAUGUUCCAUGCAUGACUGACCAUUGACUCCGAUGUGAUGGGAGUUGGGUUUCUAAGGUGUGCAAUGCAGUGACUCACUGGUUUGUGAAGGUUCUAUGUCAGUUAUAGUGUGUUUGACUCUUCAGUGUGUAUUGAGUUUGUGUAGGGCCUCUUGAUGGCUGAAACAUAGUGAGUUUGUUAGGGGAGUAUGAAGAGUAUAGGGUUAGGUCAGUGUUUCUUAAUCCAUUCUUGGGGGAUGCUCUGGGGGUGCACAUUUUGAUUGAACCAGCUGUGUUUUUGCAGGGCUAGAACAAAAAUGGGCACCCCCUGUGUGAGGGCUGCAGUGUGUGGUAGGUUGUGUUUGUAAUGGCUGCAGAGUAGACCGUGGUUUGGGUGUGUCAGGUGUAUACAGUGUGUUGGUUGCAGUGUUGUUUGGCACUCAGGAGGAAGGCAGGCAUGUUUCAGACUCUCCUGAGAUAGGCUAUCUACUAGUGACCUGUUUUGUGACUCAGGACUGGAGGGGCCAUUGAAAGUUCAACCACGCAUCAAUCAGAUUGUUCCACUAGAAUGUGUCUUUGGCACAGCAUAGUAACAUUCAAUGCCAACACCUAGGUCUACAUUUUCAAGUGAUAAAAGUUACAUAUUAGUUAUUUCAGUUAUUGACAAUACUUAUGAACAAUUACAGGGACACACAUACUCAUCUGUUUCAGUUGAGAAACUGAUUAACUGAAUGUUUUAUAUGUGUAAAUAGAAUUACAGGCAGACUGAAACAAGACCAGCCAUUUGAUAUUCUUGUAACUGCCAACCUGUUCUGCUUUGGGCAGGUGCUGGCAUUGUUGGCAGACGUGGGCGGGGGGUACGGGGAGGCCGUGCUGACCGUCCUGAGGGCCAGACGGGAGGAGAUCCGCCAGGCGCUGGUGGAGAGGACCAAUAACGUGUCCUGUUCCACCCUCCAGGACUUUGACUGGCAGAUAAAGGUGAAUUCCCUGGACUAUAAUGAGGAGACAACAAUCUUUGUUUGAUUGGUAAACUGAUUGAUCAGGACUCCCUUCAAAAAUAGAUGUUCUUUUUAUCUCAAUGGGACAUACAGUUCAAAUGAAAAAAGUGGUUAUGCUUUUUUACCGUCCUGUUGUUUCAGCUGGGUUUUACCUGGUAUUUAUAAAUUAUGUGACAUCAGUCAUGAAUCCGGAGGGAAAUGCUGAUGUGUAUGGUUCACUACUACUACUGCUGCUACCACAAUGAUUUAUAUAUACUUGAAAUCCUAAGCCUCUUGCUCUCUGUUCAGCUGGCAUUGUCCAGCGAUAAGAUCUCGUCUCUCCAGACCCCUCUACUCAACCUCAGUUUGGACGUGAAGAAGAACGGGGCCCUGAAGCCUGUGUCUGUCGAGAUGAACCGAGAGGAAUUACAAACACUCAUCAGCUCAAUGGAGGCUGCCAAUAAGGUAAACCUUCAGGGACACACGUGCAUACACACACACGCACACAUAUUAUGAUAAUUAGGGUAUUGUCAUUGCCAAUCAAAUGCAUUUGUGUCAGUGUGUUGUUUGUCCAAUGUUUUAGUGGUGCAUAGUUAUGCACUGCAUGUAUGUAUUAGUGCUCGCGCGUGUAUGUAUGCGUGUGUGAGAGUUUGGCCAGCAUCAGUGGAGGGUGUGAUUUGGAUGGCUUGAGAACAGUUUUCUUGGCAGUUCCACCAAUAGUCUAAUAUCAUUAUUUUUUCACCUACUGAUGUCAGGAGCAUAAUAGCUGGUGAUUUCUGCCAGCUUUUGCGCUCUCAUUCACUUAAUAGGACUGUUCUGUCCCAGUCUCUCCAUAUUCCCCCUGUCCUAGAAGACAUUUGUGUGUGUAUUACAGAAGGGCUUUUAUCCAGAAAAAUAUAUUUGUAUCCCAACAGCAGUUCAUAGUCUGACUGUAUGUUAUUUUUCGUGUGUGUGGUUUUUGCAGUGCUGAUAGUGUACAUUUGAUCCUAGAGAGCCCAUAUGAUUUUUAUUCGGAUCCCCAUUAGCUGUUGAAGAAGGAGCAGCUAUUCUUCCUGGGGUCCACACAAAACAUAGAACAUGCCAAAAUACAGAACACUAAUGGACAGGAACAGCAACACAUUUAAACUAAGAACACUACGACUAAAGAAUUUAAAAUAAGUGAAAAUAAAUUAAUAAUACUAUGAAUAAUGAGUGUGUGUGUCUCUUCACAGUCCGCAUUGUUUCUUGAGAUGUUAUGUUUUUAAUUUUUUAUUGAUUUUAUUGCUUGCCUGAGUUGCAUAAGGUGGAAGAGAACUUGAUGUAGUCAUUGCUUUAUACAGUAUUGUGUGUAUCCCAGCUUCUGUUGUGGACUUGGGGAGUGUGAAGAGACCCCAGAUUGAGUGUCUUGUAUGGGUUUUUGAGCUGUGUGUUAACUGGCUGAAAAGACAAUUUGGUACUUUCAGCACGUCAAUACUUACUCCUAUAGCAUGGGCAGUGCCAUUGAGGGCUAUCUCCAUUAUAAAGUAGUCAACUUCUACUUCUGAGGGUAUUGGCAGUUCGUAAAUACACAAAUGUGCAUACCACUGUCUACCAUGCUGGAGUGUGUAUAGUCUGAACAGAUUUACUGCCACCUGCGUUUAUGGAAUGUUUGUUCAGGAGUAUAAUUCAUUAGAUGACAACUCCUUUCUUAACCCAUAGUAAGUCCCAUCCAGUUGACUACUUUAAAUGGUGGAAGCCCUCAAUGGCACUGUCUAUGCUAAAGCAGGAUUUGUGGCACAAGAGCCUUCUAUCCAUCUCUGUGCACACUUUACAUCUGUGUGUGUGUAUCCUGAUAGUGUGUAUUUGUGUCCUUACAGGUGGUACUACAGCUGAAGUGAUGGUGGCGAUAGACAUUUCACUCUGCCCUUUCAUCUAUGACUCUUAUUAAGGGGACAUGCUAUGUCAUCAUAGAGGGACACUGAGCUAUGAUGCAGGGUCUUUCUGGAAACAGUGGUCUGAUCCAGAUACAACUCUUAGCCUUCAAUCCCCUUAGGCACUGAUUCCUACACUUCCCCUCAUGAAUUCAAAACCAUUGAAUUUGUGUAAGUAUGGGAUAGUAGGUGUUGCACCAUAUUCCUUUUAUUCAAUUUAUUUUAAAUCCAUGAGGGGGAGUGAACGAGUGCACAUU